AUGGUUCCUGCUCGAGAAGAUGUAAUGUUUGACGCAAAGUUGGGAAUAUUUUUAAGGCCUUAUUACAAAGUGAAGAUCGAGAUUAAAUUACCUUCAAUUUCAAUCCCUGGGCAAUCAAUCUCGAAUUGGGAUCUUAUGGAAAAGUUGAAGAAAUCUGCCAGUCCUGUGAAGAUGGACGGCAUUCGAGUAGUCGACAGCAAUACCACGUCGGUGGUAUUUGAUGCAGAGCUUUUGACGAGAAAAGAACUUUCAUUGGUAAAACAUUCUCUUGAUGGCAUGGGUCUCAAGGUUGUUGGCUGGUCAGAGCCAUUGAAAGUAGCUUGCAGUGAAGCUACUUCUGAUUUUCCGACACGGCAUGCUUGGGAGAAACAUUUUGGAGAUAGUGCUGAGAAGAAGGAGCCUGGUCUGCGACCCGAUACUAUUCAUCUGAGCAAAGUGCCCGCCAACUGGUUUAAUGAUGGUAUAAUUGAUGGGCCAUGUGAGCGACUUUUCAAAAAGACAUUUGAAGCGUUUGGCUGCGUUCGUCUAGUAGAUAUUCCCAUAUGUGACCCAUUAAGAAUCCAAAUGAAUCCAAGAAUUAGCGGCCUUCCGAAGAAAACAGCUAGCUUUGGCCCGGAAAUUUUGUUUGACGGCUACGUUCAAUUCGUUGAUUUAACUGCUUUCACACAAGCGAUGGAAGCGCUGAGGGAUCGGAAAUGGAUCAGGAAGGUGAAUGGGAAGGAAUACACGGCUAAUGUGCGGAUAGAUUUCGAUCGUUCCGAGCAUCUAAGCAAUGGGAAACUCGUGAUGCGUGAAGCAGAAAAAGAUCGAUUGAUGGCCGAACAGCGUAAAAAAGUCGAGGAAGAUCGGAAAAAUGCCCUCGAGCUUGAAAAGAAAGCUGGAUUGGAGCUCGAACUGAAAGAAAAGAGACGACUUGAACGGGAAGAGAAUCGACGUUUAAAGAGAGAGUUAGCCAAAAGACGAGCAGAAGAAUCAAAACUCUUUGAGCAAAGGAAAAUUGAAGAGACAAAUGACAGUGAACAGCAAGCAAAGCUUGAGGAAACGAAGAAACUUCAAGCCGAACGUUUGUUGAUGGUUGUUUUCAAAAGAAUCGAGCGCAAAGAGAAAACUUUACCGCAGGAGAAACUACUGAUUGACGAUGUCGAACAGGAAGAAAAUCUUAAUACCAGUAUUUUUUCAACAAAUACAGAGGAAAACGACUUGCGGGAAUCAUUGCUAAGAGCCACUUUGAUACGACAUCAAGAAGAGAAAAUGCGACAAAGAUUGUUAGAAAAAAUUUGCAUUGAACAGGAGAAUGACUACGGUGAAAUGUCAAAUAAGCAGAAAAAGAAAAAAUAC